GGCCGGGGUGGCACAACGCACUCGCCGUCACCGCUUGUUCAAGCCACAUCUUUAUUUGCCUCUUUGUUGAGUUUCACCCCACCGUACGGCAGCAUCAUGACAACGUCGGCGAGGCUUCUGCUCGCGGCGCUGGUCGCCACGGCUCUCGUGGCCUCCGGCCGAGCGGCGCGUCAGGUGGCCGGCGUGAGGAAGGACGCGAAGGGCGCCUCCGUGGGGAAGGGGGGCGACUUUGGCAGGGCCGACGAGGCCGCGGACAGGGUCUCGCGCCCCUUCAAGUCUCUCGACGGAGGAUGGGGAGACUCCAUCCCGUGGGUCCAGACGUACGAGGAGGGACUGAAGAUGGCAGCGGAGCAAGGGAAGCCGCUCAUGGUGAUUCAUUGGUCCGAAGCGUGCCCCUACUGCAUAGCCCUCCGCGAGGCCUUCAAGAACCACGGCGAGGUUCAGAAGAUGGCAGCAGAGGACUUCGUGAGCGUCAACCUGCAGACCGAGACCUUGGAUCAAAACCUCGCUCCCGAUGGUCGCUACGUGCCCAGGAUCAUGUUUGUCGACCCGUCCAUGACGGUGCGAGCUGACAUCGGCUCGGGCUACAGGAACAGCCUCUACGCCUACCACUCGGACGAGGUGUUCCGUCUGGUGGACGCCAUGAAGAAAGCGAAGGUUCCCCUCAAGACGGAGCUGUAGUGCCAAGCGAGGAGCGACCAGGACCCGGCACCUCCACACAGCGAGGGGGUGGGGGGCGGGGAAGACUGUGGGGGAGGGGGGGGAUGGGGGUGGGGGGGAUAAUGAAGGGGGGGGGGUAUUGUGAUUUUAACAAACGGCGAAGUGAUUUUGACCAGAAUGAGACGAGGAUUUGUAACUGGACCGGGGCUUCAUUUCAAAAGGGGUCUGGCCACACAGAAUAGUUCCGCACCCGGAACACCGCAUCCAGUAUGCACCUCGCUGUGACCGUGGCUGCUCGCGACGUGUCUGCCGGAGAGUGUUCGGUGGGCAGUGAGACGGGGGUCCUUGCACCGGACCGAGCGCGCGGGUCCAGACGACGUCGCCUCAUCCGAUGGCCGCUGACGGAGCUCGCUCCUGACCCGUACGUCGCCCCGAGCCGCCUCGCCACCAGAGCCGCCACAGUCUCCGUCUCCCUGGGCGCUCGGUCGCGAACGCAGCGAAAGAGUUCCGAUGGGUCGCGGUGUGGAUGUCGCGAAGCAACCGACUCGCCGGCGUCGGUGCGUCGCAAACAGCGCGCCGGGCACAGAUGUAAAAUGUUCGCGUUGCCAAUCGUCGACCUCGGAUGAUCGCGCGGAUGCGUCCUCUGCGCCGCUGUUUACCGACACCCAAUUAAACGCACGACCUCACGAGCAUCCCUCGUC